AGGCGGCGGAGGUGCCGCGGCGGCUGGAGUGACAGGAAGAGCGGGGGCGUCAGUGGGAGGAGGGCAGCGCUCUGCAGCAGGCAUAAAGUUAGGAGGGAGGGCAAGGAGAGAAAGUGACAGCGCAGUGAGAGGUGAGCUUCAUAAAAGCUGUUGAGGAAGACAAACGGAGCUUUUUCUCCUCCUCGGGCUAUGGUGGCUGUCUGAGCGCACAUGGAUUUAGUCGACCUCUACCUCCCGGAGUGCUUUAGCUACACCUCUGACACGGAGCUUCUGGGCAGGAUGUCGGUGCGGGGCCUGGACCCCACCUGUCCCACCUCAAUAAAGCGUGAGCCCUCCAGUCCCACCCCCAGCUCCCAGGGCGACGCCAGCCCGGCCCAGCCCAGUCCAGGAAGUUCUUCCUCCGACACAAACUCCAGCUACGGCGCCCUCACAAAGGGCCUCAUUCAAAGCAAUGGGCUGGACUCACUAGGCCUGCAAGGUCACGCAGCAGGGCUGGCCAACAGCGGAGGAACCAACAGGCGGUACGGGGAGGAUGAAGGCCAGGUGAAGUGCGAGUUCAUGCUGGGCUCGGUGGCCAAACGGCUGUGUCUGGUGUGCGGGGACGUGGCUUCGGGUUACCACUACGGCGUGGCCUCUUGCGAGGCCUGCAAGGCCUUCUUUAAGAGGACCAUCCAGGGUAACAUUGAAUACAGCUGCCCAGCGUCCAAUGACUGCGAAAUCACCAAGAGAAGGAGGAAGUCUUGCCAGGCCUGUCGAUUUGUGAAAUGUCUGGCCGUGGGAAUGUUGAGAGAAGGUGUGCGUCUGGACCGGGUUCGAGGUGGCAGGCAAAAGUACAAAAGGAGAAUAGAUGCAGAGAACAGCCCGUAUCUGCAACAACACAGCACCUCACCACAGAAGAAAACAUUUUCUGCAGGUGGUGUGGUGGAGAACAAAGUGGUUUCUCUGCUGCUGGUCGCCGAGCCAGAAGGCAUCUUCGCCAUGCCGGACCCGACGGUACCCGAGAGCGACAUCAAGGCUCUGACCACUCUGUGCGACCUGGCUGACAGAGAGCUGGUGGUCAACAUCGGCUGGGCCAAACACAUCCCCGGCUUCCCCUCGCUAUCUCUGGCAGACCAGAUGAGUCUCCUGCAGAGCGGCUGGAUGGAGAUCUUGAUCCUUCGAGUGGUGUUUCGCUCGCUGGCCUUGGAUGACAAGCUGGUGUACGCAGAGGACUACGUCAUGGACGAGGAGCAGUCGAAGCUGGCCGGGCUGCUGGACCUCAACAAUGCCAUCCUGCAGCUGGUGAAGAAAUACAAGAGCAUGGGACUGGAGAAGGAGGAGUUUGUGGUCCUCAAAGCUAUCGCGCUUGCAAACUCGGACUCCAUGCAAAUAGAAGACUUAGAGGCAGUUCAGAGACUCCAGGACGUCCUUCACGGGGCUCUGCAGGACUAUGAGGCGGCACAUCACCCGGAGGACCCUCGCCGCGCGGGCAAGAUGAUCAUGACCCUGCCUCUCCUCCGUCAGACGGCCGCCCGCGCCGUCCAGCACUUCUGCAGCAUCAAACAGGACGGCCGCGUGCCUAUGCACAAGCUAUUCCUCGAACUGCUGGAGGCCAAAGCCUGAUCAGAACACAAGCAGCCAUCAGUUUCGUCCUGACCAAGAAGGUUAGGAUGAGAGGAAGGAUAACGGGUUACGGUAGAGUUUGACUCUUUUUUUUUUUUUUUUAAUUCGUCCAUUUCAGCUUUGCAUUUGACAAUAAAGUCAUAAAGAGGCUGGAACAGUUGGAGUCAAAUUCCUCAUACUUCCUUAUGAAAAUUCAAACUGGAGUGGGAAUCAAAGCAAAUUAGCGUAGGCCGUCCGUCACUCACAUGAGUGUGCUGACUUGCUUUAAAGGAUGAAGGCAGAAAGGACCUACAGCGUAAAGCAGAAGAAUUGCCUUCUAUAGAUAUUUACAGUAUAAUGCCAAACAUUUCUUUUUUUUCUUUUGUUCAAAAGACCACCUGAUACUUGAAGAUCCUCGUGGAUGAUUCUGUCCAUCUUGAAGCCUGUAAAAUCAGCAUUCUAGUGCGUUGGGAGAACCUUUCAUGAUUUGGUGUUUUUAUUUGUUCUCUUUGUAUAGAAGCGUUAAAUGUUUCCUAAUAGACAUGUGAUUUUAUGUCUUGUUCAAGACUACAGAUGAAUUUUAACGAAGAAUACCAGCAAACGUCCUCGAUUAUGUCGCGUUGCUCGUGACGUUCACACCUGCUUCUAUGCUCUGUUUUGUGUAUUGCAAAAUGUCAAUCUGAACGCUACGCUGAUGCGCGCGUGGUGAACGGGAAGCGAGGAAGCCAUCAGCGUCUGAUACAACCAUCAGUUUCCUCCUGGUUUUAGCCGAGAAUAUCAGGGAACGAGUACUUAAUACCAUGAUGCAACAGCAAAGUAAUAUUUAUUUAACAGUGGCUCUGUUCUGUUCGUUUCUUUUACUUAUGGAUAAGCAAUUGCAGUGAUUUUUUUUUUUUUAAGAGAUUUGUAACUGAUAUCACUAACAUGUUUUUGUUGUUGUUUUGUUAUUUUUAAACUAGUUUCUCUGCUCCAGCACUGAUACCUACACCAUAUGACAUGAAAGACAGCUUAAAGGACAAUGAUGUAAAGUUGCGUAAAAGAAGACGAUUGUGGCUUUAUAUAAAAAGGCUGCCAUGUCUUUGCUAUGGUAGAUAUGUAGGGUUACAAUGUGUGCACUAUAUUUUUUUUUCUCCCCCUUUUAGCCCUAAAGGUGUGGGGAACCUGGUGAUGGCGCUCUGUUCAUAUUUUAACGUGUGUCGUUUGAAGAGUCGUGAAAUUUGUCUUUUUGCUGCACAUGAAUGAAAGGAUUCAAUUUGGAAGGAGUUUCAGUCAUAAAAUGUCCAAGUCUUGCCCCCUUAUUUAACUUUAAAAAGUACUGUGACACUAUAAUCUACAUAUUUUUGUGAUGGGAUGUUCAGACGUUAUCAGUUUGAAUAUUUUUCAUGUUAGAUUUCCUGUAUGUACAUGUCUUAUGCCAGCAGAGAUGUUAGAAGACAGGAAUAGCCUUUUUUUUUUUUUUCUGGGUGAGCAAUACCGCGCUGUUUUUAUUCUCAGGUUGAUUUUUUUUUUUUUUUUUCGGGUUGGGGGGGCAAUAAAGACAAAACCCUUAAUGCAAAAGCUCACCUGAGUGUCUAUUUCCUCCCUGAAACCAAGGUCUGGGGCAAGUUCAUCAAGAGCUGGCGGGUGGGCGCAGUCUGGUCGGCACGGCUAUCCUUGCGAUGGACUGUCAUUCUCACGUAGGGCCUAUUAUGGCACAUUUAGACACAUUUAGGCCAUCGGAGCCCAGUUGGACGGAGAUUUAUAAUUAACAGCCAUAAUGUAAUGAAGUCUUAACAGUGGCCCCGGAGAGCGCCGGUCAUCAGCUGCCUGCUGAGGCUCAAACAUGCAGAGGCAUCCAGCUCAUCGCUUCGUCAUGCACUGAUCCGGAGAGAUACAACCCCAUCUCUAAUAUACUAUUUAUAGUAAUAAUAGUCCACCAAGGCUUUAUUGUUAUCCCCUCCAUUUACAAGCUGUUGAGCCGCUUGAUACAUUGUUUGUAAUGUACAUGUUGGAGGGCUUGAGGGCAUUUUGUGACUGUUAUCAAUUAAUUUGUCAAGUAAAUCCUCUGUAAUGGCAGUGUGAGUGUCAGUAUAUGAAUAACAUUUAAAGUCGUUGAACUUAGUGCCCACAUAGAAGUCUUUAGAGGGUUUCAGCAGCUUUUGGACUGCAGUAGAUAAUGAUCUUUGUUUAUAUAUGACACUGCAUACAUUCUUUAUGUUUUUUUGUGACCUCUAUUGAAAGUGCAGUGACAGAAAAUGUUAUAAAAAUAUUUUUAACAAUGAAAAUGUAAUUGGAAAAACACUACUGAUAAAUACUCUGGAGUGAAGACAAGAGAGCUGAAAUAAUGAAGACUGAUGAAUUGAUAGAAAUACAGAUUAAAAAGCAAAA